CUAUUAUUAUAAUUAUAAGAUAUUUGUAAAAGAAUAGCAGUUUACAACCAGUCAGGCAGUAAGAAUGAAAGCAUUACACCUUUGUCAUCGGCUGUAUAAUGUUUAAAUUAAAUUCAUUUCAUAAUGACUUCUCGAGAAAAAGAACCCGUUAGUAAGUCCCAUAUUAUCCUAACGCCGUGUGAAAUUCAGUUGUUUGAUUUGUUAUGAAAAAGAAGCACGUAAUUAGUAAUAAUCAUUUGUAUAUGAUAAGUCGAACAAGCGUUUUAUAUGCAAAAUAAAUUUUUGCUUCUAUUAUUUUCUAUAUUUUCUUUAUUGAUUUUAUGUGUAAAAAGAGUAUGUAUUAAAAUAUUUUAAUUCUGAGUCAAUGCUUCUAGUAAAAGCGAGUUUGUCAACGUUUUCUUUUGUGUAUGUAUGUAUUGCUUGUAAGGAACGGAGAACGGAAACGAAUGAGUAAUUCACAGUUGUCGAUCGUACGGGAAGUGAAUUCCGAUGUUAUCGACGUUUUGAUCUACCGACCUUGAGGUUUCAGGUAAAAAUGUCUCUUUUGCAUUAUUGAUGCAAUAAAUAAAUAUGCACAAAACCUUAUACAAUACUCUCAGUUUCUAUAUACAUAUAAUCGUACUUUUUUCUACAGUGUAAUUUAUCCUUUAAUUGCAAUAUCAUGCGCUAUUGAACAUGCAUUUGUAAGAUGUUGAAUUUUUAUUUAAGAAAAUCUGAAUUACGUAUCUAGAAAGUACAGAUUUUUGUUCCAAUCAUGUUUAUAAAUGCAUGCAUAUGCAAAUAGUUCUGCGAUGCAUUCAAUACGAUCCUAUGCGUGACGUGGUCUAUGGCAGUCGAAGGCGUGCAGUAGCGUGCAGUGUUAUCUUGUCAGUUUCUACCGAAUUGUUAACUGAUAAACGAACUAUUAUUAUGAUUACAUUUAAUGUGAGUGCGGUGUUACUGUUGACCGAAAUAUGUUAAAAUAAAAGUAAUACAACUGCUUUCACGCUUUCCGUAAGUGUCCGUAAGUCACAUUAACCCUUGAAGAAGGUAAACCGAUCUGUCAUGCAAUAAAUCUACUACGAGUGCCGCUUAUGCAUGUGUUAUAAUUAAUCCUACCCUUAUUUAUCACUAACAAUGCAAAUGCACGAGCAUUCACAAUGACAACACCUAUGUGUGAGGAUGGUGGUACUUUAAGAGAAUGGGCACCCCUCGCUGUGCUCCUUCAACAAAUACCUGCGAAGAUUCAAAACGGGAUUUUUACACAUAAUAUCAAUUUUACCUGUAUUGAUGCCGUACCUGAGUUUAUAGCUAUUGGGACUAAUCACGGAUUAGUAUAUUGGUUUGACAGGAUAAAGCAAGAUCUUCAAAGGCUCCGAUGUGAGAAUAUUAAUUCCAAGAUUACUUGUGUUCAAGUAAUAUCAACAGUCGAUUAUAUGGUAGCUGCUGGUAAUGAACAUGGAGUAGUAACAGUAUUUCAAAUACCCAAAAGUCCUCCAGAUUCAUUGCCGGAUAGUUUAAAGCCGAAGCAGAAGAAACAAGUAGAAAGAUAUAGCAUAAGUGGUCUGCACAAUAGUGCAGUAACGACGGUUGAAUGGUCUAAAAAUGGUAUGAAAUUGUUCAGUGGAGAUCAAGAUGGUUUGGUCGUUCUUACCGAAAUAGACUUUUACAUGCAUUUGUCAAAAUCAUCAGAAUUAUUAAAUGAGAAAUACGCGGUGGUGCAGUUAAGCUACCACCAAGGAUUACUAUUAGUUUCUACAACGUUACGUACGAUAUUGGUGAACAGAAAUGAGAACGGAAAAGUAAUACAAGUCGGUCAAAAGGAACGUAAAAUAUUAGGAAAAUUAGGUGCCGUGUUUGGUUGUAGACAAAAUUAUGUACAGGACGUAGCGAUAUAUGCUAGUAGGCCAGGAUUACGAUUGUGGCAAGCUGAUAAGUCGGGAAUUGUGUUGAAAACACUUAUUUUUAAGGACGCUGUUCAAUCUAGCCAUACAGAAGUAGAACUCCUAAAUCCAGCGCCAGAGAGUUCGAAGAAAAAUCGUGGAGAGCCCACGUUCGGCGUUAUUUUGCCUUUUUGCGAUGAUUUAUUAGUUACGUACAGCGACGAUAUUAUAUACGUUGUAAAUCCGCAAACCAUUGCUAUAACAUCCAUUGUAACAGACCUGAGGCGUGUUACUGAUGUCGCUUGUACUAAUGACGAAAUAUUUGUAUUGGAAGGAGAACGGAACAUAAUACGUAUUGCAUAUUAUCCGGAAACUAACAUGUUUUCAUCAGAAACGAAAAAUCCAUUAGAUCCUGGAUUACUAUCGUUUGCUGAAAUUAGUAAACCAGUUACCAAUGGCAUACUGGAAUUGACUUCAAAAUUAAAGGAAAGUACAAUAGUGCCAGCUAUUCCUUUUCACAAGAUCAAUCCUAGUAAUAUUAUCCAGUCUGUUGGUAUUGUGCCAGUCGUUGCUAUUGGUACUGACGUAACUUCAAUUGCGAACGCAGAGGAAGCUGUCGAAGCCCCAGAGAUAACAGACAAUUUAAAUUCUUUGUUAAUAACAGACACUAGUCGAAUAACGGAGCAUAAUGAUAUUUCUAAGAGAAGAGGACAAAACGAUGAGCAUAAUGAUAGAAGACAAAUAUUUCAAAAAAUUAGUCAACAAGAAUUUGAAGAUGUCGUAUUCACUCCAGAUAGAAAAAUAAAAAAAUCGCGUAAUAGGCUAAUUAAUGGAAACGAAAAUAGUUCAUCGUUAUCUGCUAUUGAUUUUGAUUUAGCUGCCUUCAAUAAGGAUACAAUAAAUGCCAACGAGGCAAAAACAACGCAUUCCUCUUCACUGAAGUUUAGUGCCGACGAUCACUUCGUAUUAAAAACAGAAAGAAAUCUUGAAUCGAUUCAGCGUGAUGUAGAAAAUAAAGAAAAGCUUUUGGCCGAUGUUCUCGAUUUCGAUUUGUCAAAGUAUAUGACGAGCAGUCAAAUCAGUACCACGAAUUCAAAUAUGUCUCAGUCUAUUGAUGUAGUCACAUAUAUUGAUCCUAAAAUGCAAUUCAGUGAUCCUCUGGAAGAGAAAAGAGAAGAGCAAGAUGAGUACGAGCAGAGUGAUCACACAGAGGUUGAAUCUGGAGAUGAAGACGUUAGCUAUCAGACUGAAUUAAAGAAAUUAGAAGAUCUAGGCGAAUGUAGGAAGAAACUUUUACAAGAUAAAUUAAACGAACCUAUGCAGCAAAGUUACGUCGACGAAAGGAAUGCGACAACACGUAUGGAUAAAUAUGAAUUAGAAGUUGAGUUCGAUAUUUUACCAAAUGAAGUUUUAAUAUCAACCACACUCGAGGACGAGGAUUGGGUUCUAGUUAAGAACGAGAUACCUCCUAACUUGCAAUAUAGAAUAGAGUUGAAAUAAGGAACUACAGUAUAUACAUCGCGAUUAUUACAAUUUUCGUGAGAAAGAGAAUAGCUUUGGUUUCAAGUUUUACGAAGAUGUGCUUAUAAAUUGUUUCUGCACAUCCAAUCAAUUUAUUCUCGCAAUUAUAGUAAAACUAACUUUACACGACACAGUUUUACAUGCGAAAUUUUAAGUUCGAUCAUACGAUUAAUUUUCUAGUCUUA